AUGCCGGGCCCCGGCCCCGGCCCGCCGCCGCCUCCUCCCGGGAGCAGCACGGCCGGGGCCCGGGGGCGGCUCGGCGCGCGGGCGGCGCGCAGGCGGCGCGGAGGAGGCGGUGUCUGGGGUCACCGGCGGCGGCGGUGGGGCCGGUCAGCACGCGGGCGGACUGGGCUCCUCGGCGGGCGGCCGCGUGCCGAGCCGGCGGCCGCCGUGCGGAUCCAUAGUCUGCGGAGACAAGCAGAGGAGACUAGCCCUAAAAGGACCAAGCCCCCAUCCCGCAAUGCCGAGCUUGGACCCCGGGCCAGCUCCCCGAGCCCCAGGGGCUCUACGUCCGCGGGCGGCGUCACCUGGGCCGCCACGCCGCAGUGCCCGGCCGGACGGCCGGGAGCCGGGAGCUUCCUAGCGAGGCUCAAACAAUCUCCCCUCCCCCCGGUGAAAUUCGCCCAGGAUCUUCCUCUGCGGAUUGGGGGUUUGGUGAGGGCCUCUUUGAGAAUCAGAAAUUGUUCUUCCUCAACGCCCCAAAUCGGCCACGGAAUUUCUCCCUUCGGCGCCUGCCCCGGCUCGCUCGCUGAGCCAAGGCCGUUCUCCGCACGGCCCGGGGACGUGGGGUUUGCGACGCCGGGCUCCGCCGUAGGGCCGCGGACAACUGGCCCGGCCCAGGGCAACCUUCGCCAAUGCCCAGGUCUCAGCGGACCCCUGGCCUCCGUCGUCCACCUCCACCUCUCGGCUGAGCCACUUGUAAUGUCCCCCACCUCCCUUCUCUUCCACCCCGACGCGGAGAGUCCACUCGGAGGCGAAAUUGGGGACAAUUUCAGACGCUGAGUGUGAAACGACGAAGCAAGCAACAUAAACUGAACAGCUGUGCGCCCGCGUGGACCUCUUGCAUUUUGCACAUUUCUCAUUUCCUCAAUCUGCAUUGUUUUAACGUUUCAUACCACUUCGAACAAAAGGGAGAUGAGAUGGGCAGGCUCAAUAUUCUUAACAGUGAACUUUGCAGAAAGUCUUCGCAUUUUUUUUUAGUCGUCCCACCGUGACAACAAAGCGAUUAAGAUGUUUUCCAUUUUGUGAAUACCAUUUUAAAU